UAGCGAUGGGCCAUAUCAAUCCGUGGCAGGGUAAAUCAUAAGCGCCAUAGCCAGCGAUAAGAUGCGACGUCCGCUCUCGCCAACGUUAGCAAAGGUGGCCGAACAGGAGUUGAACGAGACGCCCGAUAGGAUACAGCAGGAUAUCAUAAUACUACGGGUAUGGAUACGUCAGCAGCCACAUCUGAGAGCCCGCACCGAGGAUGAAUUUUUGAUUGCCUUUCUGCGACGUUGUCGCUACAGUUUGGAGGAGACGAAGCGACGCAUUGACCGUUAUUUCACCUACUAUAAUCUCUUCCCUGAAGUCAUGAGCAAUCGUUCGAUUACACAGCGUUUGCUGGACAUCAAUCGAUUGGGAGUCUGUCUGUUUCCGGACCUGCCCAAGUGCGACAAUCGCACGGCCUUGUUUGUGGCACGUUUUGGUCAAUUCGAUCCCAAUCAGUACAGUCUGCGGGAGGUUUAUCAUUUCGUGUCGAUGGCCGUCGAAAUCGUUGCCCUGGAGAAUGAUUAUGCCUCGGUGGCGGGCAUUUGUGAGAUCAUUGAUCUGGAGGGGGUCAGCUCGGAUAAAAUGCGACGCUUUGAUAAGGUAUUCUUUCGCAAAUGGUGGAACUGGCUCCACGAUUGCAGUCCUCUGAGGGUCAAGGAAGUGUACGUCAUCAACAUGCCCAAGGACAUUCAAAGCACCAUUUUAUUCCUCUACAAUAUCCUCAGUGCUCAGGUCAACUAUCCGAUUCAUGUUUUGAAAACUCCGGCGGAGUUGUUCGAGCAUAUUGGUAAGGAAUGUCUGCCGGAGGAAUAUGGCGGCACCAACGGCCACAUGCUGGAGAGUAUUGCCGAUAUGGAGGAUUUACUGAAUAGUUAUCGUAGCUACUUUGAGCAGGAUCACAAAUAUGGCACCAUUGAGGAGCUGCGUCCCGGCGAGAUUAUCACCUACGAGGCGGAGUUCGGCGUUAACGGUUCCUUUCGCAAGCUGAACUGGGAUUAACAGAAGGUCACUAUUCCACAAUAUAAUUAUAUUUGUUUUAUGCUAAGCUCCACUGUAGUCGAUCAAUUAAACUACAGAUAAACAAAA